UAAGCUCGAGAAAGUGCAAAUAUUUUGCGAUAGAAUUCGCUUGGUGGAGCAACGUCUUCUCUUAUCUACCACACCAACACACUGAAGUUGAGAAACAAAACCCCCAAUCUAUACCAACAACCGAAACCGUCACCGGAGCAGCAACGAGAACCACCAUGGCGGCGGCUGCAGUACCGUCUACCACCACCGUCCACAUUCGUCGAAGUAACUUCCUCUCUCCCACCUCAAAACCCACCGCCAUAUCCUUCAAUCCCAUCACUUCCCGCUCAAAGCCGCUCAAGUUCAUCAUCAGAAACUCCAACGAAUCAUCGGCGGAGACUGCCACAACGGAGACGGCGACUGAGAUGGAGGAAGAAAGCUCACUCCAAGCCUCCGACGAAUCGCCGUCUCUGAUUUCGGCUCUCAACGUCGAACGAGCCCUCCGUGGAAUUCCAAUUACAGAUGUGAAUCACUACGGAAGACUCGGACUCCGAAGAGGAUGUCCAUAUGAUCAGGUUCCGAUUGCAUACAACAUCAAGGUUCAAGAACUAAAGAGCCAGGGAUUAGAGGAAGAAGAACUCAACCAAAAACUCGAACUCCUAAAAGAAUCGUACAUGAUAUUAUCAUCUGUUGAAGAGAGAAGAAUGUACGAUUGGAGCUUGGCGAGAAUCGGAGAACCAGACAAAUAUUCAUGGCCUUUCGAGGCCGAUAUAACUCAGAUUCAAACUCAAUUGCCGCCGCCGAAGGAACCAGAAGACGAAGGACCGACGAGAUUGGUGGGCUACUUCUUCUUGGGGUGGUUCGUUCUAUCCAUCGUGUUAUCUAUUGCUCUGAAUCUCUAGAAACCGCCCUUAAUGGUGUCUGUAGACUAAGAAGAACGGUCUGUCUUGAAGAAGAACACGAGAACGAAAAGCCCAGCCCGCCGGUUAUUUUAUGAAACUCGGAAUUUGGGCCCUUUAAAUCGGGCCUCUAUUGAUAUUGGGCCUUGUUAAUGGUAAGUUUCAUUUGUCUUGAGCCCAAGUUUCUAGCCCAUAAUAAGUAUCCAUAGUUACCCUCUGAAAAAUGAUUUUAUAUUUGAUGAAUCCCUUUGUGAAUAUAACAUUUUCUUUUUCCAUCUUCA